AAUGACUGUUGUUUAGUUUGUGAUAGCUGCAAUCAGUUAUGCACUAGGUGAUUUGAUGAAACUAUAAGUGUCUUUGUUGCGGUAUAGACGUGAACAAACCGAUUCUGGUUAAUUAAGUAGUUAGAAAUGUCUGAUAUCUUGGUCGAAAUCCCUAAUUCCCAGUUACCUGAGUUAGCCGCUUUGUACGAAAGUAGAGCGUCAUGGGCUCCUCACAUGUCUACUUUAGUCCACACUGGGAUAAAGUGGAAAAGAUCUGAUAAGUAUAAAGACUCUAUAACCUUUUUGUCACCUAGAAACAGCUGGGAAGAAGAUGGUACCCUUAUAGUCUUAGUAAAUCUCUUCUGUCAAGACAUUCACGUCUUCACUCUGGAUGAUCACUGCACGAAUCUCUACCAAGGUCUUUCGAAAACCAAACGCAUCACAUACGAGAACAAAAGAUCGUACUUUUACGCAGUCCACGAAAAAUUCAUCCCCACAGUGAAGAGGUGUCUACAAGAGAAAAAUAUAAAAAUCGCGAAAGACAUGCCAUGUUUGCUUUAUGGUCUUCCUCCGACACAGUUGGUCUUACAGUGCCCUUCCGACGUCUACGUCAAAAAAAUCCAACCUUCCGAUGCCAAACAAAUCAACGACUUAUGGCCACACCCGUUUUUCAAUUCCGACAAGUACAUUGCUGGUUUCAUAGAGAUAAAUGGUGGCUAUGGAGUUUUUCUGAAAAGUAGUGACCAGAUGGUGGCUUGGGCUGUUAGACAUGUCUUCGGUAACCCGACUGUGCUGCAAACUGAAGUAGCCCACAAAAGAAAAGGGUACGCCAGUUUGGUAAUGAAAGCUUUUGCUAAAGAAAUCGGGGAAGAAGGGUACUGGACUGUUGUUACUGUUCUUCCUGACAAUAGAGCGGCGAUAGACGCGUUCGAGAAGCUGGGUUUUGGAAAGAUCGCUAGUUGCACGUUUAUAGCUGUAGAAUAAAAUAGAAUUUAUUUUUUUUCAAUUUUAACUUCUAGGGCGUUCUCAUUAUACAUAAGUAUUUCAUAUGAA